UGUAUAUCCACUUUAUUUCAAUCAGUGCGAUAUAAUAUGUGGUUUUUGUUAUUGUCUGCGCGAUCGCACACGUUCGGCCGAGUGUAAUGAAACUAGUUGUUUUGGAAGUGCUGCGAUAUGGGAUGCUCUGGGCUGUCUUGUUCUGUGCGCUACCCCGACAACCCGUGCGGUGAUGGCGAGGAAACCCCGUUGACAAGGCACUGCUUUUUCAUGACGGUGUCAUGGAUGAUGAGGACGAUCGUCGUCUUCUGGAUAUUAUAGGAGAUGUUGAUGCAUUGAAUGACUAUCUCCAUGGCUCCAAUACCAAAUCUAUUGGGGAAGAUGACGUGACAAAUGCAGCUUAUGGAUCUGAUGGAUCCUACUUUCCUGGCAAUGCUGCUGGCUCCAGUGCUGGCCUUAAAGAUGGGUCAGCCGCAAUGGGUGAAUUUGGUGAGGAUUCAGCGGGGGCAGGCCUCCAGCUUUCCAGCAGCCUGUCAUUCAUUGAGGAUGAGCUGGGGACUGAGGGCUCCCCUGGAGGCGUAGAUUUGGGGGGAGAGGAUCAGCCCUUCGACAUCCUGAAGAAGUCUCUACUGGAGGCAGAUAUCACAGAGCAGACUCUGGCCCAGGAGGCCUUGCUGGACUCCCAGCCUGCUCCUACCCCAGUCCAGGCUCCCAUUUCCUUUCCUUCCCAGCUGGUUUCUGGGGGAUACGGAGGGGGAGUGGGUGUGGUUACCACAGCGACAGCUGCGUUCCCCACCAACCAGUUCAUCCAAGGGGUGUCCCAGUUGCCCAAUGGCUCAGCCCAACACAUUCAGGUGUUGGGCUCGUUUGGGGGUGGGGGUGGAGUGAUGACCUUCAGCAGUUUGGAAAGAACUCCUCAGAUUGUCUUGAGACCGGGGGGACCUGUAGCCACAACAGGUACUGCAACAGGGGGACAGGUGUUUGCCCCUUCCCAAGGGCACGUAGGCCAGAUUGGUUUACCUUUCAAGAAUAUCCCCCUUCAAAACAUUAUCAUCCAGAGAGGCCCGGGAGGGACGCAGACUCUUGUCAGACCUAUUCAGCCUAAACCCCUCCAAGCUGGGGCUCAAACUGUCUACAGCCUUGGCAUUCAGACUGCUCCUACCACCGUGGCAAAUAUGGCUAACUCUAACACUGCUAAUGCUGGAGGACAAUACACAACGAAUGGCUCCAUUGUAAUGCACUCACCCCUGGGGCAGCAAGCAGCACCGGGUCAGACAAACCUACCACCUGGACAGUUCCUUUUACCCAGCUCUCUGGCACUCACUCCUGCCACCACCAUCCACAAUGGCCCAACUGACCCCAACUCUAAUGCCCUUAUUUCCAAUCAGAACACAGUGCAGAUUGUUGCCGGCCAGAACUUCACUGCAACACCAGGAGGUCAACUAAUUGUGAAUCCAAGUGUGGUCAGUGGUGGUCAGGUGGGAGGGGCUGUGACCCAAACAUGGACAGGUUUUUCUGGUGCAAGCCCCUCUCCUGCCCAGACCUCCUCCAGUGCUGGUCGGCUGACUCUGGUUGGCCCAGCAACAGCUGCAGUCGGGGGUCAAGGCCAAGUGUCAGCUAGUCCUGUGCAGCGCCUCCUGGUGACUCAAACCCAGAAUUGCACUUCUCUGUCUCCUAUACCUGGCGCAGCUACACAGGAUCAGCAAGACUACAGACAGGAUUCUCAAACACCUGUCCUCAAACAAGAGAGUCGACAGGCACAGCUCAGCAACUUCCAUGGAAAUAAAACUGUGAAAACCAUGACGACCAUCAGCCAAGAUUCAACACUAAACUCGCAGGUCAGUGCACAGAAGAGGCCAGUGCUUCCCCUGCUCACUAGAGGAGGAAUGGUGCUGCAGCAGGUGAGAAAGGACCAUGCUGCAGUUCAGAUCCCAAACCGCAGCCAAUUCACCUCAUUUGACGAUGCACUGCAAAGGCUCCUUCCCUACCACGUGUUUCAGGGCUCUCCACCCAACCACGACGAGUUUUCCCAAGUGGAUGAGGAAUUUGAGUCUGUGGCUACUCAGGUGUUGAAGAGAACACAGGCGAUGGUGAACAAAUACAGACGACUACUCAUGGUGGAAGCUGAGCGGCCCAGUCCUUCAUCAGAAAUGGUCAUGAUUGACAGGACCUUCAACCAAGAGGAGCGUAGCAAUCUGACACAGGACAAACGCAUGGUACUAGUAGACCCAGACGGUUUUCUAGAGGACUUCUGCUGUGGAUUGAAAACCAGCCAUGUCCCGGACCCUUUUCUUUCUCAGUGUUUGUCCAGUUCUAGUUGGAGACAGACUGGUAGGGGCUCCACAGAGUCACCCUACAGGACAGACUCCCAAUCUGGGUAUGGAGACCCUGGAGGGGGUGGGGAAGAAGGAGCAGGGGGAGGAGAUGGGCUUCACCCUCCGCACUCGGAGGAGAAGAGCAUCCUGGACCUGAAGAGGACGCAACAGCACCACGAGGCCAGCAAUGCCAACAACAACAACUUCAAUACCACAAGCAAUUAUCCCCAAGGUAACCUCUCGUCAUUCGCGGGGACACCGGGAGAACAGAUGCACUAUCAGGUGUCUCACCACCUGUCCCCUCACCCUGCCCAGCCCCACUACCCUCCAAAGCUGGCCUCGCCACCCAUUACUGACACAGACUCUGUUUUAGAGGCAGCAGUCAACAGCAUCCUGGAAUGUUAGACUGAUGUGCCAUGAAUAUGUUGGCUGUGUGUUCCUCUUAAUGUCUAACAGCCUGGGGUUUAGACCCCUUGUGUGUUUUCUUUUCCUUUUCUUUGUCACUUAUUGUUAACAUCUGUUGUGGUUAUACCUGGUGUACCACAAAGCUCUGUGUGAGGAGAGGCAAACUCUUCUUUUAGGGAAGUGAUUUAUCUUUGCAAUAUCAUAUCCUGUGUUGCAGCACAUAGUUUGGAUUGGGUUAAGUGAAUUUGGUGUACUCCAGGCAGGUACUAAAUUUAAAUGACUUUUGCAAGGUGCCAGUCAAAUACAGGCACUAAGAAUUAUCAAAAAAAUUGAGGAAUGCAUUGUGUGUAGUGGGGUAACCCACAGAAGAUAAAACUGUUAUUUGUUUCUAUUUAUUUUUUUGACUGCUAGGGCGUGUGUGGUCUAUCGAAAUAAAUUUCCUUUACUACCCAGAAUGCAAGAGUAAUCCUCUCCUCAAACACAUCCCCUUACAUAUUGUGCCAGGCCUUUGCCCCCACUUGCUAUGCUAAAGAACAGAAAUA